ACCUCUGCAGGCCCGCAGGUCAAGUACCAUCAAUCCUGAUUUCGUCACUCUCUUCACUCUCUCUCCUACUCUCACCUUCGCCUCGCGAUGGCGCCAGCAACUCGCAGCCAAACGCUGCGAGAAGCGGCCGCCACAAGCACUGAUCUCCCACAGCACAACCUCGCCGACCCACAACAGCUCAACGACACAAUCCGCGAACGAACUACUUCCUCUCAAACAAGUCGUGCGAAAUCGAGCACCGAAUCAAUUCGCAUGCUACGAAUACGAUACCCGGAUACUCCCCCGAAAUUCAUCAUCGACUUAUCGCUCCCGCCUGAACAACGCUAUCUCGAAGUCUGCGCAGUUUUCGAAGAGGAAGUGAAAGGUCUCGUACCGCUUUUCGAUGAAGUAGUUAGCGGUUUCCUCUACGGUGUACCGCUGAAAUGGGUACACUUCGUCUCCCGGACAUUAAUGCGAAAAGUCUACGAGAAAGAUGAGAAUCGAGAAUUAAAAGGUAUCAGUCAGGCGGCUGGUGUGCCGAUGUACUUGCUCGUAUGCUUCAAUGUGCUGUUGGAUUUGUUCAUGGGUUGUAGUAGUGGAGGAGCGGCGGUGAAGAGCGGGGAUGGAAGUAAGAUGUUGCAUUUUCGGACACUAGAUUGGGGAAUGCCUUCUUUGAGGAAAGUUGUUGUGCAGUUGGAUUUUCAGAAGGAGAAGGGUGGGCCGAUUGUGGCUUCGAGUUUGACGUAUGCUGGGUAUGUGGGUGUGUUGACUGGUGUGAAGAAGGAGCUGAGUAUGAGUUUGAAUUUUCGGCCGUAUCGCGUUGAGAAAGGGCAGUUAUGGCCGGAUACGAGGUAUUAUUGGCAUUUGUUCAUGGUGUUGAUUGGGCAGAGGAGAAGCAUAUCGAGUGAGUUGCGACAGUUCCUGCUGCCGAGGAAGAAGAAGCAUCGCUGGCGGUCGAAUCUGCGAGAAGAGUGGGAAUCAUGGACGUAUGAGGAUACUGUGAGGACGAUGUCAUGUAUGGAUAAGAAGCAGAAACCGAAAAGGACGACGGCAUGUUAUUUAUGCUUCAGUAAUGGAACCGAGACAACAGUGAUCGAGAAGGACUACAGGACAUCAGUUUCGAGAAGCAGCAGAGAGAUCAUCGUGGUGACGAAUACAGAUCAGAACAGGCCCGACAGUACAGACUCUCAGAACAGUACAGCUCCACUGAACGGAGCUGGAAAUCACCAAAACAGCACAACAACAACUCAAGAAGUAUCAACAGAGAAACCUAACUCUCCCGGCCAUCCCCCAGAUCAAACCGGCAUGGCAGCACUCUUAAAAGAAGCAACCGAACGUCAACAAUGCGCAGAAGACAACUAUCAACGAAUACGAAUGAAAAAAGGUGGAUGGUGGUCAUCAACAGCAGAGGAAGCAGCCUUCCAACCCCUCGUAACAGAAGAAGAAAUUGUCGAAUUAGUGCAAAAGUAUCCCACCACGAAUGAAGAAACGCAUUUCGCGUGUGUUAUGGAUCCGAAGAAAGGUUGUGUCAAGUGGUGUAGACGCUGGGUGAAACCUGUUUCUGGGCAGUGGAUUGCGAGGCAUAUGAGUGAGACGCUUUGAGGGCUGCACAAUCGUAUCCCACCAAAUAGAAAAUCUUGGCUCUAUGUGACCCGGAAGAGCG